GAGAGUACCGGAAGUGUUUCGUUUUGCCCUGUCAGAAAAAUAGGGACGCGUGGGAAAAGGCACUGGAAAGAUAAUCUGAAUUGUCUUGUUUCUGAAGUGAUUUACCUCUGCUGUAAAGCUACCAGAACACCUUCAGCAUCGGAGAAACGCAAUAACCACAUUACAAGGUUUUCAUGAAACAAACAUCCUUAUGGGGUUAAGUGUCUGAAAUAACGAAACUGGACAAAAGACCUGAAGAAGCUCACGUAUAAACAUGUCACAGGCCACAAAACGUAAACACGUCGUCAAGGAAGUUCUUGGAGACUUCGUCACUCCCACAGAAACACAGACAAUUGUGAAGAUCAUCAGUAGCCGUGGAAACAACCUCCAUGAAAGCGUCACGGCGCAGGGUGAGAGCUUCCUGGUCAGCAUGCCCACCAAGUUCCGCAAAAACCUGUGGAUCAAGAGAGGGGAUUAUGUGAUUGUGGAUCCUAUUGAGGAAGGAGAGAAAGUGAAAGCAGAGAUCAGCUUCAUUCUAUACAAAGAUCACAUUCAGUACCUGCAACAACAGCAGCUCUGGCCAGAGGGGUUUAAGGAGGAGCUGUCGGAGCGGGAUGUGACGAACAAACAGCAGGAAAAAGACGAUGAAAAAGGACAGGAAGAAGAAGAUAGCAACUCUGAAGAGGAUGAUGACAGUGACCUGUUUGUGAACACCAACCGAUGUAAUUACCAGUACAUCGAAAGUGAGGAGGAAGAUGAGGAGAGUCAGGAAGAAGAUGAUGAUGACAAAGAGGACAUGACAGAAAAUGGUUCAUAGUGGCAGCGCUGACGUCAUGGACGAUGGAGAGUUCAAGGUUUGGUAGUUGUGCUCAGCUGCCCUGCUGUUGUCACUUGACUGAACUGAUGACUAUCUCACUGAUGGUCCUGAUGCAACAGCUCCCCCUGCAGUUCAUGUUGUGUAUGGUGUGCUUUGGGAUCAAGAACAGCUGAAGUCUAGUUUUGUGUUUACAAAAAAAAAGAGAUGUUGGAGUUUAACUCAAAUUGAGUAAGAGAUCCAGAGUAUUUCCAUGUAAAUUGUUUAAGAUUCAAAUGUUAUAUAGUAUUAGAUACUUAAUGCAGAUUAACUAAAAACUCAAGCAUGUUUGUAUACUGACCUCCAGUGCAGCCACUACUACAUUACAAUCACAUUACAGGGUGAACAGCAUUUGUAGGCAAAGUUGAAAGGUUAAUGUUUAUCCAUUCAUCCGUCUCCACGGGACAAAAUAAACUCUUUAGUGAGCUCUGAUAACUCUGAACUUGAAUACAAAUUCUCCUACGUCAUAGUUGAUGAAAGACAUUUCUGUUAUGCUUGAUUCUAGAGGAGUCCGGGCGUGGCGAGAAUUUUGACCACAGUCUAGUUUUACCGGUUCUUUUGAAGGUUUUGUUGCGAGAAGCUGGAUUAGCUCCCUUGUUUGGGGCCUGAGUGAGAUUAUUGAAGUACUGAACAUGGCGUCAUUACGACAGCGUUGACAUUCCUUAACAAUAUAAUGGUUUAUUUAAUAUUGGACAUUUUUCAUAAAGAUUCUUUCUUCAGCUGUUUUCAUCAUCACUUGUCCUUGAAGUCCUGCUGCCCAUGUCCUCCACAUCAAGCAUAAAAUGUUUCUGUCAUUCAAAGAACGUCUUUCUCUUUCACCGUGCGUUCUCCUCUUGGAAAUAUGCAACAGUAUGACGAGCAUGGCUUUAGAAACAUUUUGAGCUCACUAUGUUUAGCAUAAAGCCAAGAGCAGUACAGAGCUACUGCCAGCGCAACCAGUUCUAUUGGAACGUGGAUCUGAACUCACAGUUUACCCCCAAGGUGGCUUCAACAGCUCAUCUUCAGUGUUACAUUUGCUGCCUCAGGAAAAAGGAAAUCUUCUGAGAGCUAAUAAUUCAUAGCAGCUUAGAUUUAAUUCACAUAUCUUGAGACUCCUCUCUUACAUCUUACUCUGUGUUUAAUAAGUUCUCUACUCGAGAUGCUCGUAUUGGAUUUGAUCAACAGAUGUUUGUGUUCAUGCAAGAGUUUGUAUUUGACAUUUAUGACAUUAGCUUGACCUUUUUUAGCAAGUCAAACUACAGUUAAGUCAAGACUGACUGUAUCACCCUAGAAUAUGCAUGGAUGCUGAUUUGAAACAGCAGCAGCUUUUCUAUGCAAAUGUAGACCUCAGUUUCAACACCACAACCAGUAUAACCACUUAAAGCCCAAAACACUGACAAACUGUCUGUGUAAACACAGGAGCAUCAUAGAGUUCAUACAUGAAGGCUGUUGCAGGUUUAUAACUCGUUGGAGAACUAUCACGUGUUCAAUUUCAAGCUGCACUUUUUCUUUGUUUGCUUUUGUUCAAAAAAUAAAAAAAAACCACUUGUUCAUGAUUGAAGUUCA